AUGGCAGCCACACUAGCGGAUUUCAAAGGGUGGCAAAUCAUUGUUACUGAUGAAAGUGGGAGUGUGAUCAAGGACACAGGCCGCCGGCGCAGGCGGCGAGGGGAUUCAAAGGAGAUUGUUCGGCUGCAGCGAAAGUCAGAUGGCCUUCAGCUCUCUUGCGCGGACUCAAUUGUGUGUAAGGACCCACAGACCAACUCUCUAUCCAUCUAUAUGAUUCACGAGAUACGGCUGAACACGGCAAGUAACUACGUGGAGCUUUGGUGUUUUGGGUAUCUCUGUUGGUACGAGAUUAACCCAGAGGAAUAUUAUGCUCAAUUUUUGCCCGAGGCACUGGACUCGUGCCCAGACUCUUUGUCGUCUGUGGAGCGGGCAGACUAUUUCCGCGAGAAGUUUCAGCUGGAAUGCAACCGCUCUGAGCUGUACCUUACAGCUGAGCUGUCCGAAAUAUAUCUGAAGGACCUGGUUUCCCUUGCGCAGGUGUACGACACGGAUUCAUUUUCGCCCGAAUGUGUUACACAGGAGAAUCAGAUGACGACAUUCGUCGUAAGUAGCGCCUGCGAGCCAGACGGAAACAACUUUGUCGCCAUUAAUAUUCGCGAGGUGGAAGAUAAAAUACGCAGAAGCGACCCUGAAACUAGCAAAAGGUACGUUAAGGAACUAACUGCAAUAACACCUGCGCCUGUCGCCAAGAAAAAAGUGACAGUACAGGUUUCACAGAGACGGCGAGGCGAACAGCCGAGGCGUGAAGCCGCGAAUCUCAAACGAGUGAUCGUAAAACAUGAAGAAGCCAAUGACGGGCAGCCAUGCAUUUCCCCAGCCCCUGCAAAGAAAGAGCUUUCCCAAACAAUCCCGGCGCCUUCUCAGGAUAAGGAUUCAAAUAAAGAGCCAACACCCGCAGUAGCUGCGCCUAUAAAAGAACAGACACCUACCACUAUGGCUUCGGUCGAUGUUUCACCGAAAGGACCUACGCUGGCUCGGAAAAAUAGCGACCGAAGGGCUAAAAACAAGACGAAAGAGGAACAGCCACCCCGUCGCGAUACUAGAGGCUCCAUUCCUGAUCUAAACAAACGCAGCGAGAAGCCUUCUCGGUCUCAGAAUAGCAAAGCGAAGAGCUUCGUCAACUCAGAAACAGAUGAAGAGGUCAGCAGCCCGAGCGACGACCAUGUCACAGAAGAUGAGUCGGAUGAGUAUAUUUCUGAUGCAUCUACUAACUCAAUACAGCAUCGUGACUUGGAGGGGGGAUUAGGGAAAAGAGGCCGGAAUAAAGAGAACGAGGAAGAGGCUGAUGGUGCAGAAAGACGCAGUUCACGCGCUCGGAAGGGCACCUCAGGACCCCAAAAGCGAAAGGCAUCUAGAUCACCCACUAAAGAAUCACGCUUGGCGACGCCGAAAAGGGCGAUAACCAAGAAGAACGUAUCAAGAGCUAAGAAGGCAUAUACCCCUUUUUCAAAGCUCUAUAAGGACCCUGGGGAAAUUCCUGACUUAAAUAAAAACAAAGAUUUCUAUCGUGAAAACCAUGAUUGGGAUAUUUCAGCGUUAGAGAACCAUUUCAGAUCGCCGACGAAACAGAAAUCUGUUGAGACCAUUUUUUCCAAAGUUAAGAGGCAAUUGAACUCUACUCAUAGCAAGGAGGAAAUUGUGAAGGCUUCGAACUUUGAAGACUACCUUCCAGCCCGUGAAAAUGAAUUUGCCACAAUAUAUCUCAGCAUGUAUAGUGCCAUCGAAGCAGGUACUGGUACAAGUAUAUAUAUUGCUGGUACCCCGGGGGUCGGAAAAACGCUGACCGUACGAGAAGUGGUAAAAGAAUUGCUCAUCUCAUCUGACAGAAAGGAGCUUCCUCAGUUUCAAUAUAUUGAAAUAAAUGGUUUAAAGAUGGUGAAGGCUAGUGAUAGUUACGAAGUACUAUGGAAAAAGAUAUCCGGAAGUACUCUUACGUCGGGUGCAGCCAUGGAAUCUUUAGAGUAUUAUUUUAAAGAGGUACCUCAAACCAAAAAACGCCCAGUGGUUGUUCUAUUGGAUGAAUUAGACGCUCUCGUGACGAAGAAUCAGGAUGUCAUGUAUAACUUCUUUAAUUGGACGACAUACGAAAACUCAAAAUUUGUUGUGGUUGCUGUAGCUAACACGAUGGACCUACCAGAAAGACAGUUGGGCAACAAGGUAUCCUCUAGAAUAGGGUUUACGAGAAUUAUGUUCACGGGCUAUACCCAUGAAGAGUUAAAGACAAUUAUAAACCUGCGGUUGAUGGAUCUGAAUGACAGUCAUUUUUAUGUUGACCCGGAAACGGGCAACUCAUAUCUCAUUCAAGAUGGGGACACUACCCAACUGCCGAAAGAUGUUUCUAAGUUACAAAAAGUACGAUUAAAGAUAAGUGAAGAUGCCGUUGAAAUUGCUUCAAGGAAGAUUGCUAGUGUCAGUGGCGAUGCUAGAAGGGCCCUAAAAGUCUGUAAACGCGCGGUUGAGAUAGCCGAGCAAGAUUAUAUGGAAAAACAUGGUUAUGCUUUUGAUGGACAGGCCCAGCAGCGAACCUCGGCUUUCCAACCUACGUCAGAGGAGUUACAAAAGGUAGAAAUACAUCAUAUUACCAAGGCUCUGCAAGAGACGAUAACCUCACCCACCGAUACGUACUUGCGGCGGAUGUCUUUUACGAGCAAGCUCUUCCUUUAUGCCCUUGUGAACCUUAUUAAAAAAUCGGGAGCCCACGAGCAGACUCUGGGUGAUAUUGUGGAUGAGAUUAGGCUUCUGUUGGAGGUCAAUGGCAAAAAUAAGUACAUAUUGGAGAUGAAGCGCGUACUAUUUGUGGGGGACAACGACGAAGAGGAAAACGAACAAUUACGUAUAAUAUCUUGGGAUUAUCUGAUCGACCAACUCGUCGAAACCGGCAUCAUUAUUAAACAGAACCUCAAGAAUGAGAGGAUGUGUGCCAUCAAGCUCAACAUCUCUUUCGAAGAGGUCUGCAGGAACAUCAUGGAGGAUGAGGUGCUAAAGACACUUUGA